GCGACGGUGAGCGGCCAUGGCGUACUCCACAGUGCAGAGAGUGGCCCUGGCCUCGGGUCUCGUCCUGGCUCUGUCGCUGUUGCUGCCCAAGGCGUUCCUGCCCCGUGGCAAGCGGCAGGAGCCGCCGCCGGCUCCCGAAGGAAAGUUGGGCCGAUUUCCUCCUAUGAUGCAUCAUCACCAGGCAUCUUCAGAUGGCCAAACCCCUGGGGCUCGUUUCCAGAGGUCUCACCUCGCGGAGGCAUUUGCAAAGGCCAAAGGAUCCGGUGGAGGCACUGGAGGAGGAGGUAGUGGAAGAGGCCUCAUGGGGCAGAUUAUUCCAAUCUAUGGUUUUGGGAUUUUUUUAUAUAUACUGUACAUUCUAUUUAAGCUCUCAAAGGGAAAAACUACUGCAGAGGAUCGCAAAUGUUCUGCCUCAGUUGGAAACAGCCACAGGAAAAUUACCAAUUUUGAGCUUGCUCAACUGCAAGAAAAACUGAAGGAGACAGAGGAAGCCAUGGAAAAAUUAAUCAACAGGGUGGGACCUAAUGGUGAGAGCAGAGCACAGACUGUGACUUCUGACCAAGAGAAACGAUUGCUACAUCAGCUCCGAGAAAUCACCAGGGUCAUGAAAGAAGGCAAAUUCAUUGACAGACCCACUCCAGAAAAAGAAGCAGAGGAGGCCCCAUACAUGGAGGACUGGGAAGGUUACCCUGAAGAGACCUACCCGGUUUAUGACCUCUCACAUUCUAUCAAGCGUAGGCAAGAAACUAUCCUGGUGGAUUACCCUGACCCACAAGAGCCCUCUGCUGAAGAAAUAGCUGAAGGAAUGGGAGGGAUAGAAGAGGGAGGAGCAGAGCACUCGGGCUGGGAAAGCCUGCCUGCCGACCCCAGAGCCCAGGAAGGUAAUUCUGCUGCCUCGUGUGACCCACAGCCAGAAACUUGCUCCUGCCAUUUUCAUGAAGAAGAUCCUGCUGUCUUGGCAGAGAAUGCUGGAUUCAACACAGAUGGCUACAGUGAGCAGGAGGAAGCCCCCAAGGAAGAGUGGCCCCCGAACUUCAGAGCCGAGUGGUUGGCUGUCAGUGCUGACAGAGCGUGUGCAGGUGGCAUGUUGAGGAAGCGUAGCCCCCAGGGUUUUGAGUGACACUUGUCUGUGAGGUAGCCAUUCCCCUAGUCCCACAGUGACCUUUCUCUCUUCUCUGGUUGCAUCCUUGGCCCCGUCCCCUUCUUUCUGUGCACUCAACUGUCAUAGCUGUCAGAUCUUCCAUGGAUAUCAUGUGUCCUUCCUGGUGCUCACACGUGUCGCCUUGUAUAGACAUUAGUGUGGACACAGGGACAGCUUUUUCACUCCUCUUCCUGCCUUUCCCAGUCAGAGAAGUUGUACCAGUGAGUGACUCUCUUUGGUCUGUCGUAAUUACAGAUGGGACCUGUUAGGGCAAAGGCCUGACCCAUGAACAAACAUCAGCUUAGAUGAUGGUGACUUAAGGCUGCAAGAGUGAAGAGGUCAGACUCCAAGCUGCCUUAUUCUUUGGGCCUUGAGCAG